AUAUUGACGUGGGCGAUCCAACUCGGAUAAGCAUCCACCACCUGUUUUUCUCUCUCAGCUCUGAUGGGCACUCUCAAUCUCUCUUUUCAAAUACAAACCCUCUAUAUAUCACCAUCCUCACCCUCUUUCAAUACCUUCACCAUUUCUUUAACCACAAACAGAAAAAAUCCAACUGUUCACGUUUUUCUUUGUCGAUGGGAAAUCCCAAUGAUACCCAUACGAAGUUAGUUCCCGGUGCUGCCGGUUUCCUGCUCCAAGACGUUCCUCACUUUACCGAUUACCUUGAUCAUCUCCCCAGUUAUCCGAAUCCAUUACAAAAUAAUCCAGCUUAUUCAGUUGUCGAGCAAUACUUUGUUGAUGAGGAUGAUACCGUCACUGAGGAGAUUGUUGUGCACAAGGAAAGUGCAAGAGGGGUGCAUUUUCGACGCGCAGGACCUCGCCAAAAGGUGUAUUUUAAAUCAGAUGAUGUUAAUGCAUGCAUUGUAACAUGUGGUGGUCUAUGUCCUGGGCUCAACACGGUCAUCAGGGAAAUCGUGUGUGGCCUCUAUCACAUGUAUGGUGUCCGAAAAGUUCUUGGAAUCGAUGGAGGAUAUAGGGGUUUUUAUGCGAAGAACACUAUCACCUUAACACCUAAGUUUGUCGAUGAUAUCCAUAAACGUGGCGGUACGAUUCUUGGAACCUCGAGAGGAGGUCAUGAUUCUGUCAAGAUUGUUGACCGCAUUCAGGAUCAUGGGAUCAAUCAGGUCUAUAUAAUCGGAGGUGACGGGACACAUAAAGGAGCAGCUGUGAUUUUUGAGGAAAUAAGGCGACGUGGUUUGAAAGUAGCUGUUGCCGGAAUUCCCAAAACCAUUGACAAUGACAUUCCGGUUAUUGACAAAUCAUUUGGUUUCGAUACUGUGGUUGAGGAGGCUCAACGUGCCAUUAAAGCAGCACACGUUGAAUCUGAAAGUAUUGGGAACGGCAUUGGACUUGUAAAGCUAAUGGGACGCUACUGCGGUUUCAUCGCGAUGUAUGCUACUCUUGCCAGCCGUGAUGUCGAUUGUUGCUUGAUUCCAGAGUCACCAUUCUAUCUCGAAGGAAAAGGUGGACUUUAUGAAUAUAUAGGAAAACGACUCAAACAAAACGGACAUAUGGUCAUUGUAAUAGCUGAAGGAGCCGGACAGGAACUUCUUUCCGAAAGCUUGCAGUCCGUGGACCAGCAAGAUGCUUCUGGUAACAAGCUUCUGCAAGAUGUUGGGCUGUGGAUAUCUCACAAGAUAAAGGAGCAUUUUGCAAAGAAGAAAAUGCCCAUUAAUCUUAAAUAUAUAGAUCCUACAUACAUGAUCCGGGCUAUUCCUAGCAUUGCUUCAGAUAAUGUCUACUGCACCCUACUUGCUCACGGUGCAGUUCAUGGAGCAAUGACAGGGUAUACAGGCUUCACCGUUGGUCCUGUCAAUGGCAGACAUGCUUACAUUCCGUUCAAUCGAAUCAUCGAGAAACAGAACAAGGUUGUGAUUACCGACAGGAUGUGGGCAAGGCUGCUCUCUUCAACAAACCAGCCAAGCUUCUUGAAACCUAGAGAUAUAGCUGAAGCCAAGAAAGAGAAAUAUCCUGCGAAUGGCAUCUUGGAUGGGAAGAUUGUAAAGACAAUGUCAAUGAAUUGACCAAAGACAUGCCCUUGAAAGUUCCAUCGCAUAGUAUACCAUCACUAGAUAUGUAAAUAUUUGGCUACCAUUAAUGGUUCAGAAACUUUAGACGUUCCUUUGCUGUUAGACAGGCCACUGAUACAAAUCAUAGUAAUUUAACAGUGGAUUACAGAAGAAAUGCAUUGUGUAUGCCAACACUAGAUAUGUAAAUAUUUUGGCUACCAUUAAUGGUUCAGAAACUUUGGACGUUCCUUUGCUGUAA